AUGGCAUCCUAUGCUAAAGCGGCCGCGUAUCUCGCACUUGUCACGCAUCUCAUUACGAUCAAAGAGUAUCGCGGCAUUCGCUUCGCUGAGCCUCCGAUCGGAGCUUCGCGUUGGAAGGCACCACAGCCAUACAAUCCUGAAUUCCCCACAGACAUCGUCGUAGACGCUACAAAAUCCGGUCCGCCCUGUGUGCAAGGGUAUCCGCAAUGGACUAUUUCCGGCCCAGUUCAGGCAGCCGGUUCAGAAGACUGUCUCAUGCUCGAUGUCUACACUCCCGGAACCGCGACCAAGAAAAGCCAUCUUCCGGUCGCUUUGAGUAUACCUGGUGGAGGGUAUGUUAUGGGGUACGCAGGUCAAAGCUCGCCAUAUGCGCUUAUGAGACACUCUAACAACGCUUUCAUCUUUGUGAACAUACAAUACCGUCUUGGCGCAUAUGGCUUUCUAGGAUCCGCUAGGUACACAGAAGAUGGCGGUGCGACAAAUGCUGGACUGUUAGACCAGCGACUCGCGCUAGAGUGGGUGCAAGAGCACAUCGAAGCUUUUGGAGGCGACCCAUCAAAAGUGACAAUUUUGGGUGGGAGUGCGGGCGGAGGAAGCGUGACGAGCCAAUUGACAUGGAAAGGGGGGAACCACACGCCACCUUUCCGAGCUGCAAUGGCCGACUUUCCUUGGUGGCAACAGUUUCUAAGGGAAGAACAGUUGACGAAACAAUAUGACAAUUUGUUAGAAGCAGCAAACUGUGCGACACUCAUGUGCCUAAAAGCACUUCCGGAAGAUAUAUUGAAGGAAGCCACUCAAGCGACUUACAUCUCGGCAUAUGCGGACAAAGUUUAUGGCUACGGCAACUUUUAUUAUGGGCCUUACGUUGACGGGGACAUAAUCCGCGACCUCCCCUCUCGAGAGCUCCGAGCAGGAAAAUUUGUGAAGGUGCCAACAUGGGUCAGCAGGGAAGGGUAUGAGGGUUUCACGUUUAGUAAUCAGUCGAUGACGACUACGGAAGAAGAGGUCAAGGAUCUGCACACUCAAUUUCCAUAUGCCAACGAGACAUUUGUGGACGAUGUAUUCGGGCUCUAUCCCCGGGACCAGUUCAACUCCACAUUCUGGCAGCGUUCGACGUGGUUUGGCGACUUCUCCAUCAAUUGUCCCACGUACUACGUCGCCUCUUCACUCGCAUCAUCCAAAGUUCCCGUAUAUAAGCAGAUCUUCAAUGUCGGUACACAACUCCAUGGAGCCACCGGACCAUACCUAGCCGACCUCAAUUACGCUUCUGAGCCUGGAGCCAAUGUAAUGAGCGUUAACUUUACGGAGCUCGGCGCUGUGGACGAUACGUUCUAUGACGAUACGCAGAGGUGUAACUUCUUUUGGGAGAAAGAAGAAACGGUGCAGAACUAG